AUGGCUACGAUCGACGAAUACUUUGACAGCGACGGCAGCGAUUUGGAAUUGGGAGAGAAUGAGGAGUUUGAGAGGGAGGUGGAAUGGCUUCUCACCUCCGAUAAUCACCAAUGUGAGAUAGCCAGGGGGUCAGACAACACCUACUCCUGGGUGCUCAAGGUGUGCGCCGGACAGUUAGCAGGAGCUUUUCAGCACCUCUUCAGUCUCUCUUUGAAGUUGAUGAAGGUGCCUGAGAUCUGGAAGACUUCCUGCAUUGUCCCAGUGCCCAAGAAAACACGCCCCAGCACUCCAGGAGACCACAGGCCUGUGGCUCUGACUUCUGUCAUGAAGAUCUUUGAGAGACUGAUCCUGCAGCAUCUCAAACCCCUUGUGUGUGACUCCUCCAUCCUCAGCUGCAUCACAGAUGACAACGAGGAGGAGUACAGGGCCCUGGUGGAGAACUUUGUAGGCUGGAAGGGACAGAGCAAGCUGUUCUUCCUGAGGAGGCUCAGCUCCUUCAACGUGUGCACAAGGCUGCUGCAGACAUUCUACCAGUCUGUGGCGGCCAUUGUGAUCUUCUUUGCCGUGAACGGACCAUCCUUCGGAAGGAAGCUGAUGACCGGCUACCUCUCAACAAAGGGGGUCAAGGCUUCGGAGGGCAGAGUGGGAAGAGUCUUGCGGGACACCUAUCAGCCUUACCAUGCCGCAAGACAAACAAACUCCAGGAACCUAAACCCCGUGCCAUACCACGCAGAAUAUGUGGGACACAAGAUGCACAUGGACCUAAAUGAAAAGUUGGUCAUGUUUGGUGUGACCCAUGUCAUGGCAAUUGACGGGUACAGCAAGAAGGUGGUGGGACUCUGCACCAUGCCUGUGAAAAACAACCUACGCAUCUACGAGGAAGUGUACAGACCUGCUGUAAUUUCUUAUGGCAUGUGGGACCAAAUCCGAGUGGAUUGUGGACGGGAGUUUUACCUGACCCUGUGCGUUCAGGAGAAGCUGGCUGCCAACCGAUACAAUCAGGACAGGCAGCCAUAUCUGCAAACUCCCUCUACAAGGAAUCAUGUCAUUGAGCGCAUGUGGGUGGAGAUUAAUGAGAGGGUCAAUUAUCCCCUCAAGAGAGCCCUCAUCCAGAUGACAGACAAUGAGGAGCUUGACAUAGAGGACAACCUCACAAGAUAUUGUGUCUCCAGCCUUACCUGCCAGAUGGCCAGAAUUGGCAUGGAGAAUGUAGUUAAUACAUGGAAUGCCCACAUAAUCCCUGGAAAGGGGAUUCCAAACCAGCUCUGUGGGCAAGGGUCCCCAGCUAAAGACCUUCUUCCUCUUGGUGAGGUGGCAGCCAACCGCUACGAUGAAGAAUUUGGAGUGUCACUUGUGCGGGAGUCGCAUUUCGCUACAGACCCCUUCCCCAACAUUGAAGACCAGCAACGGGCUGAGCAUGAGUUCUGA